AUGAUUGAGGGCAGUGAUGACCGGGCACGAGAGGAUGAGCUCGACUUGAGCCAAGAGGAUGAGGGAGAUGUUCAACCAAAGAGUAACAGCAUCUCAGUUGAUGGGGUAUCGCAUGGGGAAUAUGAGGAUGGCUCAAUGGCAUACAUCGAAGAAGAUCUCCCGGAUGUAGCCAGUUCAAACCAUACACUCGAUAAGGGCAAAUCCCAACUUGGUGUCGGUACAGGCAAUGUACCAUUGUCGCCCCGUAUCGAACAGCUUGGUACUCCUGGAAGUAUCGAUGAGACUCCCUCCACCCCGGACGAUACGCCUUCUCUUCAUGGUUCUCUCCUGUCGUCGCAAAGUAGCAAUGCUUUGGCCUUUCGAGGCUCAUCUCGCGCCAGUCCCAGCCCGUCGCAUCGUCCUUUCGAUCUUCGCUUCCAGUCCCGCCUAUCCUCUCCAUCCUUGAGUGGAUUUCGACCGUCAUCGUCGUUUUUCGCUCAGAUACACUCCCGAAAGUCGUCGCUCACGAGCCGCCUUACUCCGGGUACGGUAGAUUCCGAUGCCGAGACCCCUCAGGGCCCUUGGGAUGUUGUACGGUGGACUAAGCUAAGAAAGAUAACCGGCCAGGCAUUUUCAGAGGUCGGCAAACGCAAUUUUGGCCAUCCAACAUGUUUGGCGGUCUCCACCACUAUCGUGAUUGGAACGUCCAAAGGAAUUAUCUUGGUGUUUGACUACCAACAGAGUCUGAAGGCGAUCAUUGGACAAGGAACUAAAGCAACCGAAUGCGGAGCAAUCACGUCGUUGGCACUAUCCGCGGACCACUCGACAAUCGCUGGAGGGCAUGCUUCCGGGGAUAUACUUACAUGGGAGAUUGUGAGACCGGCGCGACCUUUUCUCCAUAUACCGCCUCUUCCCGAGACUCAGAUCGAUAUUCGCACUGUUGAUGGCCACGUCCCCGGAUCGUCUGUCAUCCAUAUAGGCUUCCUAGGUACGAGGCGCACUGCGCUAGUAUCUGCCGAUAGAUCAGGGAUGGCUUUCUCACACCUAGCGACCCGAGGCCUGGGUGCGAUGGGGCGGACAGUAAAGACGACAAGGAUCUUGGGCCGUUACCCUAACUAUAUAGCCCACGGCAACCGACCACGGAAGCCAAGCUCUGUCCUUGCCUUUUCGCCCCUUCCUCUUGGGAACGUCGAGGAGCCAACUGAUUCUCUGGGUCUGGUUGCGAUGCUUACACCCUAUCUUCUGGUUAUUGUCUCAACGACGCCUGUCGCACAGACCCAGCACAAGGCGCCACGCCCGAAAGAGGUUGCCGCCCAUGGCGCAAUGACUGGAGCCUUGGCCUGGUUUCCAGCGAUCAGGCUCAAGGGCAAGGAUACGCAGACCUCCAAAACAAAACUCGUCUAUUGUUGGUCAAAUGUGCUGACUAUCCUAGACGUGUCUGAGAUCGAAACAGAUGGAUCACCGAACAGGGACCGGCCUCCUAGCCUGGAGUUCCAGGCACGGAACAGAUGGAAGGCCGACGAAGCGAUUGUCGCCGUGCAAUGGCUGAGUCGUUCGGUUUUGGCAGUGCUCACUAUCACGCAACAAUUGCUUAUCCUUGAAGAUCAUUCUAUGCGCGUAACAGAUAGCAUUGACCUUCUUAACAAACAUAUAUAUCAUGUUGAUUUGUUUUCCUCGCAGCUUCAUUCUCUGGUCGAACAGUUCGAUGAAGAAGAUACCACGAUGCAUGGUGUGGUAGCGGAUGCUUUUUACAUGAGCUUUCGCUCUUAUAAAGGGCGCCUAUUUUUGCUGGGUUAUGGCGAUGCGCUGGUUGGAGCCCUCUCUAACUGGGCAGAUCGAUUGCUUGCGCUCAUGGAAGCUGGGGAUUUCAUUGGAGCCAUACGGCUGGCAACAUCCUUCUAUAAGGGCAGCGGAGAAAAACUCACCAUUGGACUACCCGACGAAGAUACACUGAGGCAGCCAAUCGUGCAAGAGAAGCUUCUGGAAAUGGUGUCCGCUUCACUGAAGUAUGCUUUUGGCCGGAACCGAGAAGCUACUAAUGAGCGGCUCGGAAAUCAACAACUCGAGGAACUGGCUGAAGUAUCUAUUUCAGCUUGUGUCUGUAUGGCUGAUGAAGACUUCCUCUGGGAUGAGGUAUUCAGUUGGUAUGAGGAGCAUGACUCGCAGGGCAUUUUCCUUGAUGCUCUUGAAUCGUACAUUGUUGAAGGGACAGUGCGCACCCUUCCGCCUACUGCUGUCAAAGCGCUGAUCAAUCACUUUGCCACGAACCAUACCGCCAGCCGAUUGGAAGAGAUUAUCUGUCUCCUUGAUACGGCCACAAUGGAUAUCGACCAAGUGACAACGCUAUGUAAGCAUUAUAACUUGUACGACGCAUUUAUAUAUGUUUGGAAUCGCUGUGUGGGGGAUUACGUGGGGCCACUGCAAGAACUCUUAGCAUUAAUUCCUCCUCGAGGAACCUGGGUCAACGGGGGCUCGGUGGAUGAACUCAAACGGUAUACGAACGCGAUGAAGAUGUUCCCGUACCUCUCAUUUGUCUUCACAGGCCGCGUAUAUCCUACUGGGGAUGAGAUGGAAUACGCAGAAGCUACUCAAGCUAAGGCAGCCUUAUACGAACAUCUCUUCUCCGGGAACCUGUCGGGAACUGAGCCAUCGGCUUCAGCCGAAUCGAAUGGAUCAUUCUCAGAUCUGCAAGCUAUCUUAAAUUUCGACGCACCUAGCUUCAUGAGCAUGCUCAACGAAGCGUUCGAGGAUAGUUUCCUGAAUGAACAGGGGGCAGACGAGACUCCGUUCAGAGGAAUAUCCAUAAACCGACAAUAUCUAAUCAGUAUCCUGCUUCAGGUCAUGAUACCGUCGUCCUUUGCCCCAUCCGAUAUAAUUUACCUAGACAUGUUCCUUGCUCGCAACCUUCCUAAAUACCCUCAAUACAUUCUUCUUUCUGGAAGUACACUACAUCAGGUUUUGGAGCGCCUGUGCCGAUACCCCAGCCAAGACAUGGCGGAGGACUGCGAACUCAGUGCGGAGUACCUCCUGUCUUUUUACCGCCCUCCCGAUAUUCAGAGCAUGAUCCCGCUCUUUCGUGAGGCGCGUUUCUUUCGAAUUUUGAAGUCAACCUACCGCUCUGAGAAGCAGUUUCCCGAACUGAUCCUUACCUACCUGGAAGACCCGAGUGGGCAAGAAGCGAUUUUUACCUGCUUACAGGAUUGCCUGCGGGCCAGCUCCGGGUUAGGGAAAAGACAAAGGCGAGAUGUCAUAGACGUGAUCAACAACCACGCUGGCAAGAUAGCAGGGAUAAAUGUCAAGAAGGCCGCCCAGACAAUGCAGGAUUACGCCCCAGAAACGCACACAAUGUUUCUGAAAGCUCUGGAAGACGAUGCCUACGAGCAAUAUCAGUACUUGGCUGUCGUGGUUGGCUCCACGACGCAUCCUAGCUCUGAGAGUCGGCUUUCGAAGCCAGCGGAGAAUUGGAUGGUAGAGCGCUACGUGCAGUUGCUUUGUAGAUACGACCCUCCACGUGUGGCCGACUUUGUUGAUGAGCUACGGGUUGGUGAUGUUCGGCUGGAGGAAUUGUUACCUUUCAUGGAAGAGAGCGGCGUAGUGGAUGCUGCUGUCAUUUUGUUGGCUAGACAAGGGAAAAUUCGAGCUGCCAUGGACCGUCUCAUCGCGCAUCUGAAAACGCUUGAGUCAGGACUUGUAGGUAUCCUUCGAAGCAUACAGGAAACUCCCGACUCCGCCAGUACAGCCGAAGCGAUUGACGACCUUAUUGAAUCUUUGAACAAAUAUGUGCGUGUUGGUACAUGGCUGUGUCAGGGCCAAACGAAAACAACCAAGAAGUCGCGAACCAUUGAGAGAAAUGGUACCGGGAAAACGGCUGUUGACCAGCCCCUCUCAUUCGAUGAGAAUCUCUGGCUUGACCUCAUUGAAGCCGUCGUCCGCACUGCAAGUAGCGUAUUUGCCCUGAUUCAGAGGGAGCAUGCGGACAGCAAAUUGACACAGUUGGCACCAAUGACCUCUCGAAUGGGGAGCAAUGCGGCUCAACUCAUGUCAUCUGUCCGUACAUUGGUACAACAGGUCUUCACUGCGUUGCUCUCUAGCACUGUCAGGGUCGGCGGAGGCUUGACUAGCGAACGCAGCGACGUUGCUUUUCUCCGAAUUCUGCGAGCAUUUCUUACCCGUGCGUCGCAGUGGUCUCCCUCCCUUCUUGAACUCCGUGCCGUCUUGGCUUCGAUCUUCUCGGCUUAUACGUACGAGAAGUCACUGUUAGCUCUGGCUAACGGGAUGCUGGACCGGGAUUUGUUUGUGCACGUGGACGAGGUGACGCGACUGCGCCAAAAGGGUUGGCGGCCGCGAGGCCAGGUAUGUGAGAUCUGUCGUCAACGCAUCUGGGGACCUGGGGUUGGCUCUCAGUUCUGGGAUGCAUGGAAGAAGAGGCAGGCUGAUGCACAUCAGCACCGAGUCUCACGACAGAUUGAAGGGCGACUUGACCCUGCGAUCGCCCGUGGGAAAGGUAAGGCGGCGGCAGUGGCCGAGGCGGGUCAGGCGGUACACUUCUCUGAUGGACAUGCGGACGGGGAACUGGUAGAUGACAUCUCAGAGAAGAGUAGCGAAAUGCCGAUCGGGCCCGCCGUGGUCUUUUCGUGUCGACACUUGUAUCACCGGCAGUGUCUACUGAACUUAGAUGGUUCUGGGCAAACCGGGAAGUCGCAUUUUCGGCGAGAAGGUGCUGACUGGGAAUUGUUGUCAUGCCCUAUCUGUCCUGUACAUAAUGAAUGA